AUGGCAGAGACAAUAUGCGGUUGUCUACGAGUAUUGUCCAGUGUCAUCGCAGGACAGUCCAUAGUUGUGGUUACAAUGAAUGGGCGAUAUGAUCUCAGAUUGCCUCAGAUUAGAUGCAAAGCAUGUGAAGCCACUUGGAUUCCUGCAGUGGAUGACCUGAUCCAUAAUGACUACUGGCCUGCCACUUCUCACUAUUCAACUGUGUACGCAACAGAUGUCCUUUUUUCUUUUGAAGAGAUGAAGGUGACUGCACCAGGGAUGUCUAGCCAAGCAUUUCUUAGAAUGCUGGAUCAACGCACUGUUCGCGUUGGCCGUAGCGGAAACAUCACAGCAGACAGCUUCCAGAAAAGCUUCUUGGAGUGGGAAGCUGUCCGAUUCGAAGUGGACAAAUUAUGCCAGGAGGACCACUUUGACUGCCCAGCGUGCAGCCCAGACAUGCUUGCAGUAUCUGUUGAUGGAAACCAUAAGCACUACAGAUUCAAGAGUGCAGCAAGGUCUUUGGAAGAGGUGUCUGUGGAGGGCAAUGGUCAGCAGCGUGUGAAACGUCUCAGAAGUCCUCAGGAAAAACGGACAAGGAGGGCCUGGAACUCGCUGUAUGUCGUCAUGGUGUUCUCCUUCGUGCCCUCAAUAUACUCUGUAGAUCUAAGUACAAAGAGGAAGGCAUUCGACAUUGUGAUGGCAGUAAGGAGACUUGAGGAGGAGAAGAGGAUUCUUAUUGCAGAGAUGAACAAGCAUUGGAAGUCUCUUUGUACCCGUGCAGACACCCUGAAGUAG